UGCGCAUCGGCGUUAGCCUGCUUGGAAAAGCACGGAUUGCAAAUGGUCCCGCCGGACAGAGAGGCCGGCACAAUGAGCAAAGACAAGGUACAGGUCGAACCAGAGUCGGCGGUCGACUAUGAAAACCUCGAGCCGGAGAGGUUCGAUCCCGAGGAGGAAGCAUCCUUGAUCGCCGAGUCGAAUUCGCACAAAGCCGAAGCAAAUGCUCUCUUCACGUCCGGCAAAUACGAGACUGCGAUCAACAAGUAUGAUGAGGCCGUUGCCGUCUGCCCCAACUACUUAGACUACGAGUUGGCCGUGCUCCGGUCCAACAUUGCCGCCUGCCACCUGAAGCUAGAAGAAUGGAAGGAAGCCAUCAGCAACGCCACCACUGCUUUGGAUGGACUUGAUCGGCUAGAGAGGCAAGAGAAGGAGAAAGAGGAGCAGGAGAAGCAGGAGAAGCAGGGGCAGAGUAUCACCGCCGCAGGCAGCUCCACGGGCGGCGAGCCGGCCGACGCUGAAGCCGAGAUCAUCAGCGCCGGCGCCGCCAAAGCCGGCCCCGCACUCUCCGCUGACCCCGCCGACGAUUCGGUGGAGGCUGCUCGCCGGAAACGCCGUGACGACAUUGCGAGGAUACGCGCCAAGGCCUUGAUGCGACGGGCGCGCGCUAGGAGCGAGUUGGGCGGCUGGUCGAACCUGGAAGGCGCUAUCGAAGACUACAAACGUCUGGCUGGCAUGUCAAACCUGACGGCGACCGAUAGGAAGAUUGUCAAUGCCCAGCUUCGAGCGCUGCCCCCCCUCGCCAAGGCGGCGCAGGAGAAGGAGACGGCUGAAAUGUGGGCGAAGCUCAAAGACCUGGGCAAUGGGUUACUCAAGCCGUUCGGGUUGAGUACGGACAACUUCCAGAUGGUCAAGGACGAGAAAACAGGCGGGUACAGCGUGAACUUCAGGAGCACCGGGGGGAAAUAGAAAGGAUAUGGCAUUGCCGUCACGAACCUGUUCAGAUGGCGAGCUCUGAUUCGGACUUACUCAGAAAUUACCGACAUAACACACUCACCUGCCAUUAUUUCGGCGCCCACCGAAUCCUGAAUUUGACUUCUUCGAGUUGAAGAGUACCCCGAUGGUUGGACGCAGCUCAUAACGGCUGAUCCCAACCAACAACCUAUCAAGGCCUGGACAUUUCAACAAGGCUUGAACGGACGGAGACGAUGUUCAACAGAAGCCCACCACACACAUCCCCGACGCAAGUUGUUUGUAUCUACCUGGCCUGUUGGCGAACACUACGGAGCAGUGCGUGCCAGAGAAAUCCGUUCAUGAGAGGCGAGCGGCUUUGCUGAGGAUAUAUGACCAUGCAGAGUUGCCGUGAACGAGACGAGAUGGACUUGUGAACUUCUCGACACGCCGAGUUCCUGCGAGGACCGGGUUAUUACUGUGCAUAUCCUGCACCGUAGUGUGUGUUCCUGACACGCCUAAUAAAUACUACGGACUACAACGAAAGCAUCCGCAUCCGGAGAGGUAGGCAUCCGUAUGUUGG